AAAUUUCCUCAAGCUUGAGUAAAAAAGAGGACGACACAACCGAAAUAUAAAACUUAUCCAAGGUUAUGCAAAAUCUAUCAAUUCUUUAUACAAAUUUUUACAAAACUUUGGAAAAAUUUUGCACAACGGUUGGCUAAAUUUUCCAGUUUGGUUGUGGAAUCCUCUUCUUUUUUAUACUCAAACUUGAGGAAACCUUACUUAUUUUUAUUUAGAGUGUGGUCCGGAAAGUAUUUAUAAAGUGUGUGCGUGUAUUUACAUAAGAAUGAAACCUGAACAAAACUUUGCCUCAUUUAGAGAACUAAUCAACCAUAUUAAUUUAAAAUAUGAAGAUUGUAAAUCAUCCGUGGGUGGUAACAUUUCCAAGGCGAAGGAGUCCAGUUAUAUCGAGAAAUUGGUCCGUUUGGCCCGGGGAGAGAGUGAUGUCCACAAAUGUUUAAGAUAUCUCAAGGACAAAGUCCCUGCCGUCCAAGGCGAGCAGUGGGUCGUCUUUUGUUGGGCUUAUGCUGACAUCCUCCAUAAAGAAAAGGGCCCCCUCCCUCCGGGGGAAAGAUGUCGAAAAGCCAAGGAAUUCUUCACUUAUAGCAUACAAAAUCACGCCAAGAGUUUGCGCGAACUCCACGAAAUCAUGGUGUUGAUCGACCACGCCGGAAAGUUGGGUCCCCUGGAGAAGGCUAUGGUUAAAAAAGAGGCGAAAAUCGGUGCCGAAACUUGCACCAUGGAGGAAAUCAUACUCACCAAAGCUAACACUUUAUCCGUUAGUGGGGAAAUCACGAAAUUAAAUCUCAUCUUCCCCGCCGCGUACGGAUCGGGCCCCGCGAAACGGUUCGUUGCCGACUUAUACCCCAAUUUACGCCCACCAAAUCCCCCCCAGCCAGCUACUAAUGAACUAAAGAAUGAGAAAAGAUCUGACCCAGGGAAAGUAUCGACUUACCCCGUAAAAGUAUCGAAUUCCCCCGUACCACCUGUCUGGGGACCGAAUCACAAACCUCUCGAGGGAUGGAAGAACUCGCUGUGCGAUAGCAUCCUCCACUCCCCGAACAAGGCGAGGAUACCCGGGAAAAUCGCAGAUUGGGUGACGCGACCCGCUUUGUCGGCCUGCGGUGAUCCGUCGCUCCAAAUUUGCGAAGGGUUGGAUAAAAUGUGCAAAAAAAUCGGGCCUCAAUACGAGUCCGUCCUAGCGAUCCGACUGCUCUGGGUGUACGUCGCCGUGUUAGAGCGGCGGAUGAAGGACGACCCGGUAACAGCCGUUAAUGGGGUGGAUACCGAUCGGCGGGUUGUUUAAACUUGCGGUGAAAAACGAUAAAUAUGAGAAUAGUAAACACAUUAUAAACCUGUGGAACGCAAUUUGGGAAUUGUCCCCUCACAUGGAUGGUGUCUUUCCAAUCACGUCCGCCAUCCUGGCGGAAGCCUAUCCGCACCUGGACUUGAUCCUAUCGCCGGAUCGUGUCAGCUACAAGUCGGAUAAAUUCUUUGUAGAGUUUGCCCCCAAGAUGCCACCCCCUGCAGCAAGUAAUAAAAUAGUAAGUCACCAUUUGACAGGUAUUCCUAUGGGAGUACUUCCAGUAAAAAUGGGACAUACAAUACAAUGGAGGUCUCCCAGCGUAGGCUAAAAGAUUUGGACCAAACUACCGUCAAUCGAUCACAAAUAUAAUUAGUAUGGAAUUGUCAAAUGGCAGUAUCUGCCAUUGCGCCCGUUUGGCGGAGAUAUUUGCAUUCAAAGGGAGAAAAAUGCGCAGAAAACUUGGAAAAUAAUAAAUUUGCUAGCCAUUGGGAUUCGUUUUCUCCUCUUCUUACGCAAAAAUCUCAGAAAAACCUGCGCAUUUGCGGAUAGUUGCAUUUGCAAAUUUCAUACCAAUUAUAUUUUUGAUUGAUUGACAACAUUUUUGGUGCAAAUCUAUGAGCAUACGUUGGGCGUAGGGCUGACAAAUCCGGAUACUCCGAAUUCGAAAAAAUGCAGGAUCGAAUGGUAGUACACUUCGACCAACGCAAAAUUUGAAAAAAUGCAGGAUCGAAUGGAAGUACACUUCGACCAACACAAAAUCUGAAAAAAGUGCACGAUAGAAUUGUAGUACAAUUCGACCAACACCAAAAAUCUGGAAAAAAUGCACGAUCGAAGGGUAGUACACUUUGGCCAACACAAAAAUGAGAGAAAUGUACGCAUCGACAACUGGGAAAUACGCUUAGACCACCGAAAUACAUUAAUAUUUCAAAUUGCAAUCCCAAACUGUUCUGUCGACGAAAAUUACGCAAAGCUGUUUGAGAUUUGGUAAUUUUCACAAUAUUAGAUAACAAAGCUGGCCAACGAUCAAAUAAAGUUUCAGACCUGCGUUAAUUUGAUUGAAGUUGAAAAUUUAAAUUAGUUGCAGUUUUUACAUUUAUGAACGACUUCAAUUUUUUGCCCAAACUUGAUUUUCCCAGAUUCACAUGUUUUUUCAUAAGCAUCAUACAUCAUUUCUGCAUCAAUGCUUUUGAACGAGUUUGUACUUAAUUGUAGGGUUGCCGCGGGUAGCGAAAAUGCUACCCGUUACCCGACCCGCUACCCGCAGCACAAUUACCCGUACCCGCACGGGUACCCGUUACCCGCUACCCGUUAUGAGAAUUGGGUUAAAAACUAACCAAGCUUAAGUUUGAUUUGAUCAAUUAUUUGUUCGUUUGGGUUAAUAUGUAUUUUGAGAUACUGCUAUGCAAGUAAGGCAUGUGUUUUGGCUUAUAACUGGAUCGUUUUUCAAGCUAUGUCGGUAUUUCUUAGCGAUUUAUGUAUAUCAAAAAAUUAAACCAAAAAAUAGGAAUUACAUGGAACUAAUCUUCCCAUUGAAUUAACAGUUUAAAGGAAACUAUUGCGGGGGGAGAGUUCAAAGUCCACCAUGGAUUUCGGAAAAACCACGAAAGCAGGAAACCAGGAAAAAGAUACAGAACAUUUACUUAAAAAUUAAACUUUACCGCCAAUAUUAUUCGUCGAAUGGGUCAUUCAAAGGAAAGAUAAGUAUCACAUGAUUCCUAAUUUUUGGUCUGACUUUUUAAUAUAUAAUCGCUGGGCAAUCUUGGUUUAGCUUGAAAAAGGUUCAAUUUUUAGUUUGAUUUUUUCAAAUUUUGAUUUAAAUGAAGUUUUCAUUAAAAAAAAUUGUCUACAAAUAAUUUUUUUGCCUUCAACCGGAUUCAGGUUUUUUUAUCUUCAAAGCACAAAUUAAAAUCUCGGCAGUCUUACAUAAAUAAAUACACACAAAUACAAGUAAAAUUAUUACCGAUAUUUUAGAGCGGGCAAACUAUGUUUGAGAAACAAAACAAUAUGUAAUUGCUUCGCAUUUUCUGGACGUGAAAAGUAUUUGAGGCCGGCAUAAUAGGCCUCUGUGGCUUCCGUAAAGACACGCUCGUUAUAUACGCUUUUUGCUGGCAAAUGACAAACUCUGAAAUGGAAAAAUAAUAAAUUGACGCUUUUGUUAGUAAAUGGACUAACUGGCUGCUAACUUUCUUUGUGAACUGAUUCGAACUGUCGAAAAUUAAAUAAAAACUAAACUACCCGUUACCCGUGCGGGUAGUUCUCACUACCCGCAGAUAACGGGUACCCGCAAGAAUCAUGCGGGUAUGCGGGUAACGGGUACCCGACCCGUUACCCGCGGCAACCUUACUUAAUUGCACUUUUCUAGGUUCUUAAUUUAUUACCUAGUUUAUGAGAUAGAAUGAGUGAUAAGUCGCUUUAAUUAAUAUGAGCACUAUUUGCAUUUAGUUUUGUAGCUGGACACAGUUUUUAUUGCUUUUUCGACUUAAUAAUGGUUAAUAACUUAUUCAUUGACCAGCUAGAUUUUCGGGUCCUACGUUCUCGGAAACCCAUUUCCUUCUAACGUAGGAAAUAAUGUUCCUAUUUUAAGCCCUCUCAUUCACAAAUUUAGCGUUAAAGGUUAGCGUCUUAACGACGAAGUAGAUACACACAUUUAUGUAGUACCUAUUUUAUUUUCCGUUGACGUCACAACACAAAUAUGUGUACUGCAUUAAUUAGCCUCACAUAAAAAUGUCUCAAAAAAGUAUUUCCUUGAUAUUUUAUGGAAAGCCCGAUAAUAAAAAAGAGGUUUUUCUCGAA